GUAGAAGGAAAGGUCGUGGAUAUCGGUGGUCUGGAUGCGUCCGACGUCGAGUGACACAGUCAUAGUCACGAGUCUAGAUGUGUUCGGGCUGGAGAAAGUUGGUUAUAUGUGCUAGAAGACAAAGAAAUGGAGAACGUACCCCAAAACCAAUGCGCGAAGAAAGUUGUCGUCGAUGGAUGGCGUUGUAAUUUUGACGAUGAACGAAGGCCCUGGCGUCCAGGGAGAGGCCAGCGACGAAGAAUCUGGGUAUAACUUUUAUGGCGAUGGUACUAGUAGAAAACGAGCUGGUCCAGCAGGCCAAUUACUUGCCACCGGUCGCAUAGUCACGUGGUGGUUGUCACAGCGGAUCGCGAGGAACUCAACUAAGACAACUUGAACACACUUCAUGAUGGCCAACACUGUAUCUGAGAGGUUGGAAUGGUAUCGCGGCUACGUCCCGUUAUUUCCAUACGAGUUCAACCCUUCCGAUCCCAAAAAGGUGGAACAACACUGUCGUCAACUCGCACACUUUCGCCAGCUCGCUUUCAAAAACCCUCUGCACCCCGGACUCGCCUUUGACAUUACCAUCGCACCCCGCCACGAAGCUGUUCGCACAGAUUCCAAGUUCCGCUUACUUCCCCAGUUCGCUCUCCAAGGUGGUGAUUUCCAGUUUGUUUUGAAAAAUGCGAUACAAUGCGAGCCCGAACUCGGACUGUCUCAGAUUUGGGUUGCAGAAGUGAGAAAGAAGGGUAGUCCUGAGCCUGAGUCUUCUUGGGGGCAGGUAGUUCUCAAGCUGUUCCAAGCUUCUCUCCUUCGGUUUCCUCAGCCUACCUGGCAAGACCCUUUCAGCGAGUACUCGUGUCCCAGACAAUUAGCCUGCGUCGAAGAGCUCGUGUAUAACUCGCUUCAAGACAUCCAAGGAUGGAUAGUACCCUAUUUUUAUGGGAAACACAGGUUGACGUUGCCUAACGGAGAGUCUACCAGGGUCAAUGUGCUCGAAUACAUUGAUGGCAUGACCCUUGCUCAGCUACAUGACAUGUAUCCCACCCAUAUGACUACGCCAUUGAAACCGAAACUACAUCAUGAGUUACUGGAGAAACUGAAAGAGCUCUACUUCCCAGCGAUGCAAGGUAUAUUCGAAAUCGGCGCACGUCAUAUCGUUCUGUGUGAUCUCAACCCGGAGAAUAUCAUGAUCGGCCCUUCAUUGAACCAGGUUGUCUUCAUUGACUUUGGACAUGCGUUUAUCAACACGCCCAAGGAAGUUGUCGAUUCGUACAGGAAUUCCCUCAAGCUGGCAACUUGCGUCAUUGGAUGUUGUCGUCGGCAUAGGGCUGAUGUUACAAAGUGGGCAAAGAGGUGUUUAUCUGCUGACCUGCAGGUCCCUACUUCUAGUCCUUUGUAGCUAGAGUCAAUAUGAAUAUACGAAGGUUCCAGCAUUCAGGAAGAGGCUGGCUACGAAGAAUCUGGGUAUAGCUUUUACGAAACGAGGCUUAUGGUGCAGACGAAGCACGUCACUCAAAUUUUGGCAUACGAACAUACCUCAGCAGCCACCUUAUCUCACUACCUAUCUACAACGUCAUAUGGGAAGAGCCAGAGAUAUUCAGCUGAUCCUGUUUGCUUCUUAAUAUUUAAGCGAGAACUGCUGGGUAUCUGCGCGCCUCGUCGGCCUCUAUCGUGUUGAAUUAGGACGU